UGGUUUCUAACAAAGCUGAUCUUGAAAUGCCACCAACACUCACUUCCCCCCUUGCAAAAGCUGUGAGGCACCCAAUAAGCCAGAGCUCAGAAGGAGAAAUAAAAGAUAAAAAAAAUCUCUCUUAUGGUAUUUUGACAGUUCUCCCCUUCUCACUCUAUCUUGUCUAAUUAUCCUUGAAAAUAAACUCUCUCUCUCUCUCUCCUGCAGCUGCAAGGUUGUCCCACUUCAAAAAGUUGAAGUUAGUUCAUUGCUUGUAAAGUGUUAUGGGUUUUUUUGGGUUUCUGGGUAUGUAAUAUCUCAGCUUUCAUAAAUGGUUGCCAUGGGAGGCAGAAUUCUGUUUUCCUCUGCUUGAGGCAGGCGGCCUUAUAGAGCUUGGAGGAAGAAGGAUAAGCUGUCAGAUAAGCAAUGCCUGUUCCUCUUGCCCCCUAUCCGACGCCUCUGGUACCAUUUACACCACCACCAAACGGUGCACAGAGCCAACUUGUGUGUUCUGGCUGUCGGAACCUUCUUCUUUAUCCAGUGGGUGCAACCUCUGUAUGUUGUGCUGUUUGUAAUGCAGUAACAGCUGUGCCACCUCCAGGCACAGAGAUGGCUCAGUUGGUCUGUGGAGGCUGCCACACUUUACUGAUGUACAUUCGUGGCGCUACUAGCGUACAAUGUUCAUGUUGUCACACAGUAAACCUAGCCAUGGAAGCAAAUCAGGUAGCACAUGUCAACUGUGGGAACUGCCGGAUGUUAUUGAUGUAUCAGUACGGAGCACGAUCUGUGAAAUGUGCAGUUUGCAAUUUUGUGACAUCAGUUGGGGCUUCACCAAGCACUACGGAGCAGAAGUUCAAUAACUGAGAUUAUGAAGCUGCGGGUUAUGGACUCCUAUGAGUUUAUUCUUUCUUCUUGUGGCAUCUCACUUGCUGCUUUUAUCAACAGGUGGCUUUCGCUGGAUGUAUAGAGUUGUUUUCUCUUCUUUUUCUUUUAUUGAAUAAGCAGUUUUGGCAGGUUCAAUGUGUGAGAUUAUUCCAUUAGACUGUUAGGUUGGGAGAUGAGGAUGCACAGCUUUUUUGCAAUUAUUGGCAUGGAAUCCACAUCAUAUAUUUACCUCCCAAUAUGUUCUUGGACUUUUGAAUGAACAACAGCAACUAGUUAUGAUUUUUGGCUA